AUGCCACAGAAUGUAGUACUGGACGGGCCUGGCCCGUGGGGAUUCCGGCUGUCCGGCGGAAAAGACUUCAACCAGUCUCUGACCGUCACCAGAGUAACCCCUGGCGGUAAGGCCUCAUUGGCUAAUCUGUGUCCCGGCGAUGUCAUUCUGGCCAUCGACGGCGUCUCUACAGAGGGCAUGACGCACACCGAAGCACAGAACAAGAUCAAAGACGCGACCUACCAGCUUUGUCUCAAAAUUGAGAGACCUGAAACCAAACUCUGGUCGCCGCAAGUAACAGAAGAAGGAAAGGCCCACCCCUUCAAAAUCAAUUUAGAGGCGGAGCAACAAGAGUAUAAACCAAUCGGCACAGCCCAUAACAGACGCGCUCAGCCGUUUGUGGCUGCCGCCAACCUGGACGACAACAGGCAAGUGGUGAGCUCCACCUACAACACUCCCAUAGGCCUCUACUCUGAAGACAACAUCCAGGAUGCUCUUCAGGGACAGGUCCGAAGCCUGGUGCAGGACAAACCUGAGGGUGGGAAAAGACUCACCUCCAUUGAGGAGUCCCAUGUGUACCGCAUGCUCCAGGAAGAUCACGAGAAGCCACACGAACCGCGGCAGUCAGGCUCCUUCAAGGCCCUGCAGGACUGUGUGGAGAAUAACCGUCCCAGGCCUCUGGUGACUAAGAGUGUGAAAGCUCCAGUAACAAAGCCCCAGGCAGCAGGCGGCAGUCUUCAGAAGCUACCUCUGUGUGACAAAUGUGGUCACGGCAUUGUGGGGACGGUGGUGAAAGCGAGGGACAAGUUUCGCCACCCGGCCUGCUUUGUUUGUUCGGACUGCAACGUCAACCUGAAGCAGAAAGGUUACUUCUUCGUGGAGGGACAGUUGUACUGUGAGACCCAUGCUCGCGCCAGGACAAGACCACCGGAGGGACACGAUCUGAUCACUGUUUACCCCAAGGCUUAG